GCAAACUAGCCACGAGGGAAACACUGCGCAGCCAUGGGCGUGGAGACGACGAAGGGCAGGAGGAGCCGAGGUGUUCGCUCCCGCAUUCUCCUGACUGCAAUCUCGUGGCUUUUCUUGCACACGGUACAUCUCUUCACCAUCCCUCACGGGCGGAUUUCACCGAGUCGCCCGGGCUGGAAGGAUUCUCGCGGGCCACAGGUGACACGCUGGCACCCUGGGCGUGGCGGAGUUGCUUUGCGUGCCAGCCCGCAGCAGGACAGUGGUGCAGAGGACUGGCUCGCCAAGAGCCGCGAGGAGGUGGAGGGCUUCAAGAAGGCCCAGGUGCCCAGUUGGGCAGAGGCUGUGCUGAUUGACGGCGGGCUGGAAGCAGACGAUGAGUUCAUCCAGCGGACGGUGACCACACUGCAGCAGCAGGGCGUCACCGGCAAGUCCCUGCUGAAGCUGACGCUGGAGAAGCUGAUGGCAGAUGGAGUCGCACGGGGCCCAGCGGAGCUUCUGGCUGAGAAGAUCCAGCUGCUGAACGAGCCCGAGGUUGAGAACCCUCGUUUUAGUGCCACAGAUCUCUUGGACUUCGAAGACCGCUUUUUGAACAGCCGAAUCAACAACAAGGAUGAGCGGCCGUUUCUGGAAAGGGAGGCGGUUGUUGAGAGUGUUGUGAAGCAACUAGAACAGAUCCAAAGGACCGGGACCAACAAGCCGACGGUCUUGGCCUUGUGGAGCCCAAGGGGCACCGGCAAGACAUCGCUUAUCCGACACCUGGCUUUGAAUGUCCCGAACUUCGCAGAAAGCCGAGGAUGUGGGCGGCUCUUGGUUUUUGAUGCGGUAAGGAUUCCAUCAGCACUGUUGCGCAAAGAUCCUGAUUUGCUGGCUUCUGCGAUCAUUUUGUGGCAUCUUUGCCGCAUCUUCGAUGGCUACUCUGUGGAGGUGAGCCAAGGGCCACCGAUUGGUUUCCAGAGGAGGACGUUCAGCGAUUUGGUCAUCACAUUGGAAUCAUCGAGGCUCGGCCAAUCACCGCCAGCUGUCGACAGCUUUGAGGCUUGGCUUCGCUUGCGUUGCAAAACCAAGGAAGCUGUUUUCGAGCAGUGGCUUUCGGUGACGUCUGCAGCCUUCAAUGCGACACCAGACUGCGCUUGCUUGGUGUUCCUCGAUCAGGCAGAGCUGCUUGUGAACAGACAGGUCGAGGGAGUGAGCCAGCAUGGUGGACAGAAAUCAGCUUUCACCGAAAUAUUUGGAGAAUUCCCGCAGAAGAUGGGCAUGUUUUCGGCAGGCACGGUGAAUAUCUUGACCGAUAGGCCAUCGGAGGAGUACACCUCGCUUGAGGUCCUGGAAGUACCGGCUCUACCGCCGUUGUCACUGCAAGCCGCCAGACGGGCCAUGGCAGAGUGGGGAGGCCCGCAAUACAAGAAGAAGGAAUUCAACAACAUUCACCUCUUCUCGGCUGGGGUACCCCGGCUUCUGGAGGCGGCUUUCCAGACCUGGGGUGAGUUGGCAUCAACUGCUCAGGUUGCACUCAAUGCCAUGUCGCAGAAGUUCAGAAGCUCGUAUGCGGAUGCAGCCCCCUACUUCCGUCAGCCAGAAGUGGCUUUGGCGUUGGUUCUUUGCUCGGCGGUUCGAUGGCCUGCAGAAGGCUACCAGCUUGUGCCCGGAACCUCAGUGAGGUGGUCAGACAUCUUCAGGGCCGGAGCAGCAUUUCCAAACAACAAGUCCGUACUGGUUCCACGGCUGUGGUGGUGUGAGGAUACCAAUAUCAAAGACGCCAUCCGAAACGAUUUGAAAGAGCUGAACAUUGACCUGGAGGGGCUCCUGCCAGAUUCCUUGCAGUUGCUCAACAGCCCAACAAGGGGUGCCACUGAAAGGGGGGAGAAGUGGGAAGAGCUGGUUGCAAAUUCCCUGGCAGCGCGGUUCCGCCUUCACUGCAUAGCAAGAAACCUGAGUGCUGAAGUCACCUGGGUCCCUUUUUUGAAGAUCUACCCUACGGAGGAUCCACAUUUGCGAGCUGUUUUGGAGCCUUUCGAAGUUUGCUGGAGUGAUGGUGUGGAAUAUCCAAACGGCCAAGGCAAUGAAGCAACUGUCAUGAGUGACGUUGGGAAGGCCAUCAAGUCCAACCGGAAUUUUGCAACGGCUCACCACGACCUUUUGAUCCCUGUGAGAUGCAAGGCAACUGGUAAGCUCGAGUUCAUUGCUGCGCAAUGUCGUUAUGGAAAGAAACAGGAUGCAGGCGGCCUGAAGUUGCAGGACAAGGCAAAGAAGGACAACUUUGAGGACAUGCAAAAUGUGUUGCUGCAGAUUUGCAGUGAGUCUGAAGGCUGGCAGUCCUUUACAAACGAGACAUGGGCCAGACGUCAGGAGGAGAAAAAAUACUCUCUCAUGAGUUGCGAGACUAUCAUUUCGCAGCUGGACGUGCUGAAACUGUUGUGAGUGUAAA